CCAUUCACUAUAUGGCACUAUGUAUCUCAGUUUGAGGAUUACUGUUUUUAGAUAACUAAUAACCUAAUUAACACAAAAAUAUUUUAUUAUAACCUAAUUUAUUAUGAAACAGUACUAGCGAAAUUAGCAACACAAAUUGUACAUUUGUAUUGCAGAUUUUGUAGGUUAUGUGAAGAAAAAUUAUUCAACAAUCUUUGAGAAUGACUUUAAUUGAAUAUUUUACUUCCUUAUCCGAAAACCCCUAUUUCGGAGCUGGUUUUGGUUUGUUUGGUUUAGGAGCUGGUGCCGCAAUAUUGCGCAAGGGCUAUCAAACUUCACUUAUAUUGUUCCGAAGGCAUUAUAUGAUUACAUUGGAGGUGCCUUGCAGAGACAAGUCUUAUCAAUGGCUCUUACAAUGGAUGACAACGAAAGGAGCUCGCCAGACUCAGCAUUUAAGCGUAGAAACUAGUUUUGAACAAAGAGAUAGUGGGCAUGUCAAAACAAAAUAUGAUUUUAUUCCCAGUAUCGGGACACAUUUUUUUAAAUAUGGCUCAACAUGGAUCAGAGUUGAAAGAACAAGAGAACAACACACAUUAGAUCUUCAUAUGGGUAUUCCGUGGGAAACUGUUCAAUUAACUGCUUUUGGGAGAGACAAGGGAAUAUAUUUUCAAAUUCUAGAAGAAGCUAGACAGAUGGCACUUAAACAGCAUGAGGGAAAAACAUUAAUGUACACUGCAAUGGGUACUGAGUGGAGGCAGUUUGGGCACCCGAGAAAGAAAAGACCAAUAUGUUCAGUUGUAUUGGAUGAUGGCAUUAGUGAAAAAAUUUUAAAAGACUGUCAGGACUUUAUUGAAAAUCCAUCAUGGUAUACUGAGAGAGGCAUUCCAUAUAGAAGAGGAUAUCUUCUUUAUGGGCCUCCAGGUUGUGGCAAGUCCUCUUAUAUAACAGCAUUGGCUGGGGAAUUAGGUUUUUCCAUAUGUGUGCUAAAUUUAUCUGAAAGAGGACUUUCUGAUGAUCGGUUAAAUCAUCUACUCAGUGUUGCUCCUCAACAAAGUAUUGUUCUUCUUGAAGAUAUCGAUGCAGCUUUUGUGUCAAGAGAAGACACAGAACAACAAAAAGCUGCCUAUCAGGGUUUAAAUAGGGUUACCUUUAGUGGCCUUUUAAAUUGUUUAGAUGGGGUUGCAAGUACAGAAGCCAGGAUUGUAUUUAUGACCACAAACUAUAUCGAAAGAUCAGCAACUAUAAUUCUGGAAAUCAAUGAAUACGUAGAUGCGAUAUUUGAACAAUUGAAGUCGAUAAUAAUUCGUUCAGGAUUGGAUCCUACUCAACUGUCGGACGAAACUUUAAAACUAUUUCCUACUGGAAAAAUUACUUUGACCAAUGGAUGGCUGCAGGAUGUAUCAUCUCUCUCGCGAUACGAUGAUGCCGAAAUUAGUUAUAACACCAAAACUAGGAAAGCUACCAUCAGCUUACCAAUCAAUUUUAAGGCUCUUUUGUUUACCUAUAAUUAUCACACCAAGGUGUUGCUGGUGAGUAUCAAGGGAAAAGCCAUAGGAAAAAUUAAUAACGUAAACCACAUUAGGAUUCGACUUUGGCCAAAACUUGUUCGCCCUAGAAAGUUUGUCUAUGAAAAAUACAGGGUCGAUUACUGUGAAGUUUACGGGGAAUGCCUUGACCGACGUCAUUACUAAUGCGAUGACUGCAGUGUUCACAACAGUCCUUCAUCCACUGAUAGUUAAAGUAGUAGAAGUCUUCGUCAGAUCAUCGAUAAGCGACAUUGUGGAAACAGCGAACAGCAUUAUAUCAAAAAUUAGU